AUGUGGACACAAAAGGCAGCAGCCGAGAGGCAGGAGAUUGUGGCUGCGUUUGAGCGACUGCGCCGGUUUCUGGAGGAACAAGAGCGACUCGUGCUGGCCGAGCUGGGAGAGGUGGAGAGCAGCAUUGAGAAGAGUCAGGGGGAGACUGUCACCCAACUCUCCGAGGAGAUUUCCCAUCUCACCAACCUGAUCAGGGAGCUGGAGGGGAAGUGCCAGCAGGCUGCCAGUGACCUCCUGCAGGACAUGAGGAGCACGCUGAGCAGGUACGUGGCUCCACCUGACUCCCCAUAGAGGGAAGGGUCCUGGAGACAAUGCAAUGGGCACAUCCCUGCAGGGCACCACAGCACAGCAAGCACUGGGACUGUCCCUGAGGUGGGAAGCAUGAACAUCCCCCUCUUCUCCUCGGGGAAGUGAUGGC